ACAUGCAUGUGCCGUGGGAUCGAAGGUCUCCCCACACGAAUCGAAUCGCUUUCCGUUCAUUUUUGACCGUUGGUCAAGGCAACUUCAUCUCUCACUUCUUCUUCAAAAGUUGCUUUCUUUUCUCCCCACUUUGGUUGUUGAUCAUGUGUUGAUCACUUACUUGCUUUGGCUUCCUUGACACUUACUUUCCGAAGUGGGAAUGCCGAUUUCCUGCGGUUUCUCGCUCGCACAGUUUGAGCUGCUUCGAUCUACUAGCCUCGACAGGAACGCAUAUUGGAAGAGACUCAAUUGUGGCUAAAGUCGCCGCUAAAGGUCAAAAUUUGGCUUUAGCCGCGUUUUUAGCCCAUCGGUAGCUAGGCACUGCUCGAAGUUGCAAGAAGUAGCUCGGCUUCGGCUCUCUUUUAGAACUAACUUAUUUAAUGUCAUGAUCCAUUCCUGAAUCUGAGGAGCUGGUACUACUACUGGUAAUGAUAAACAGGUCCCUGCGGCAGGAUGACAAUGCGAUUGACGUGGCCAUCAGCCACUUGGCCACGGUAGGCAGCGCUCCUCCCGCCCUUGAAUAGGUUUCUGCGGUUGGCUGGCACUGGCUGCCUGCUACACGUAGCCACGGCCAUUGCGUCCUCGCAUCAUGCAGUACCGUAGCCUUGUUCGUAACCCUCCCGCCCAUCCUUGCCCUGCGGUUCAACCGCAGUUUGCUUGUUCUGAAGCUGCGGAAAAGCUCAAGUUGAUAUCCCGCACCUCCAAAGAUUGCCCGCCGUGCCCAGCCAUUUAUUUCAUACCCUGGGUGCCUGUUGCUGCAAGCAAUCAGAACCUGGCCAAAAUGGCUGCAUGGUAGCUACCUGUUUUGUCAAGAGAUUGCUUGGCGUACCGGAGGAAAUGAGAAGGAUGAAUGCGAAGUACUACUCACCAACCAUUGAUCGGCGGGUAGUACGGAACAGUAUUUAGCACUCUCACUUUUUGAUGCAUGGCUGCGAUAGCCCCUGCUGAUACGGAUAAAACCCAACUUCCUGCCACGAAAUUUGGCUUGCAAACAACUGUUUGGUAAAACCUGCAAGCAACGGUCGCAUAGGCCACCUACCGGUACGGUACCGGUAGCCAACCAGCUAAAUACGAAUUUUAGUCAAACCGCUACUUACCUUGGGGACCCGCGACAACUGGUACCGGUACGCAACCCAGAACGAAAAGUUGAUGGAGCCUUGAUUGAUGAGAAGCUUCUGGUUGUGUUGGGAGCUACUGGUCGCGUCCUACUAGCACACACUAGCGAGUAGCUCGUACAUUCAGCCACCUAGCCUACAAACCUAUCAUAGCAUGCAGGGGUUCGGAGCUACGAAUUCCGAACCCUCAAGGCUGUCAGCUUUGUAAAACUACCCACCAGCCGCCCUUUGCUGUGGCCCUUUGCGGUUUGCUCUCGCCUCGCGAAGCUUGAGAAAGAGCUUCCCCUGCAGAUGCUUUUGGAUGCAACCUUUGGUUUGGUAUUUGCAUUGCAUCUCUCAUGUGCCUUUAGAGUCCUUUUCAUCCAUUGAUACAAGUCAUUUAGAGAAGACGAACGGUCCGAUUGGCGCCAUGGCUUCGCUGUUAAAUCUCACAGACGCAGGCAAAAGAUCCAAUCUGCACGUCCAAUUCGCUUCACAUUUUCCGUCACAUGAAAAACUACUUUACCACCACACUUGCAAAGAUUUCUGCUGUCUUCCCAUAAAAAGAGCUUCUCUUGCAUACUACUACCUCUUUAUCAAAAGAACACAUUCAUCGAAGAUUGAUCAUGACAGACGUAGUCAAGGAACCGCCUACGUCUCCAGAAGCUGAGGCUUCUGACCGAGUGUCUCGCCGAGACGCCAGCGACCAAUGGUCCAGUCGUCUUGCCUUUUAUUUUGCAGCAGUUGGUGCUGCUGUUGGAUUUGGUAACGUAUGGCGAUUCCCUGCCUUGGCAAAAACCUACGGAGGCGGAGCCUUCUUCAUUCCUUACCUUCUUGCCCUGUUUUUGGUGGGAAUCCCCUUGCUGAUCUUGGAGAUUGCAUUUGGACAAUACUGGCAAACCGGAGACGUUGGUGUCUUUGGAGGCUUCCACCGUCGUUUUGCUGGUGUUGGAGUCUCUUCCGUUGCCUGUGGCUUCAUGCUGGUCACUUAUUACAGUAUGCUGAUUGCUUGGGUGUUGCACGCUUUCUUCGACUCCUGGUCGGAUGAUGCGCCGUGGGACAAGCCCAAUGUGACAGGUACCGAAGCUGUGGGCUAUUUCUACGAUCAGAUCAUUGGUAUGGAAACUCUCAACGAGGACCUGACUCCCACUCGAUUGGUCAACCCAAAUGUUGGCUAUACCUUCUUGGUGUGGUUCAUCAUCUUUUUGUGCGUUGCCUUUGGAGUCAAGACGACCGGCAGAAUCACCUACGUCACGAUGGGCCUUCCAAUUGUUCUCCUCUUUGUCUUUUUGGGAAAAGCCGUGUCUCUCGAAGGUUCUGAGGACGGAAUCAAGGAAUACAUUGGACGCUGGGAUACUUCCGUAUUGACCGAACAAGGAGAUGUCUGGUCAACAGCUGUGUCUCAGAUCUUCUUUUCUGUCAGCAUCACGUUUGGCAUCAUGACAGCCUAUGGAAGCCAUUGCCCCAGCACUGAGCCCGUACUCGUGAAUUCAUUUGUCAUUGCUAUCAGCAAUUCGGUCUUCAGUUUUCUCAGUGGCUUUGCUGUCUUUGGAGCCCUGGGUCACUUGGCCUACCUGGAAGGCGUUCCAGUGGAUGAUUUGGAGAUCAAGUCGUUUGCACUCGUCUUUGGGAGUUGGCCCGUGGUGCUCUCACGUCUACCUGGGGGCAUCCAUUGGGUUAGACUCUUGUUCUUUGACCUGAUUCUGUUGGGCAUUGACAGCGCCUUUGCUCUCUUGGAGGCAGCGUUGACUGUCUGCCAUGACACCAUUGCAUUUCGCAACACUCCCAAAUGGAUCAUCGCCGCAUUCUUUUGUGGCCUUGCCUUUCUCUUGUCGUUGAUUUAUGCAACGGAUGCCGGCUUGAUCUUCCUCGAUACCAUUGAUUACUACAUCAACUUUGUCAUGUUGCUGGUAGGCUGCCUGGAAUGUUUUGCUGCGGGAUGGAUCUACCACAUUGAUGUUCAGGUCGAAAAGUUUGGCGCCGUGGCUGUCUACACCUUUAUGUUUACCAACUUUGGAGCCGUGGGUCUCGCAUGUGGACUUUGGUUUGGCGUGGAAGACAACACCGAUGCCAUUUGGUCUGGAUUUGUCGGAGGCGUCGUAUUCUUGGCCCUUGGUUUGGUCGCAACAUGGGUCCCCUUGCAACCCAAGCUGCGAGCAAGCAACAGCAGCAGUCCGUUGGAAUUCUACUGGGACUUUUGCUUUGGCAACAUCUUUGAACUGAAGAAUCUCAUUGAACCCGUGGUCGGAUGGAUUCCUGGACUCUGGUGCUACAUGAUCAAGUACUUUUUGCCGCAUUUGUUGCUGAUUCUCUUUGUCAACUUGGCUCAGACGACCAACGAUAACGGGGACGCUGUAUUUGGCCACUACGAGGGAUACGUCACGAGGCCCUUUCAAGUGCUGGGAGUGUUGACGUUUGUCUUUGCCUUGGCCUUGUUUACGCUUGGCGUUGUGUUCCCUCCGCUCUACGCCCCUCUGGCCCCUGCUCCUGUGGACGGAGCAGUCGAAGGAUCCACGGAGACUCCGGAAGAAAAGCUAGCUGUUCCGCAGCCUCACGAAGACCCCGAGUUUGUCACGCCUGUCCCGGAAGGAGACAAAGAUGUCAAAGAAGAUGACACUGGCAUGGUGGAGAUCGAGGCCUAAUCAAAGCCGGGAACCAGUCGUUUCAUCCUGCAUAUUGAUUUGCAUGUACGGUAUGCACAUCUGCACGAGUCCGAGGCGGGAAAGAAAUCUCAACAAGGCGACCAAUAUCUGGUGUCGUUUGUGUGGUAUCUACAUGUAUCUAUAGUACGCGAGUCGCCAACCCGCCUCCUUGCGACUAGAAGGUUGCCCAUCGGUGCAACUCGUUGGCGUUGGAAUGCCAAAAAGUCGUCAAGUCCAAGUCAGUCUCUAUGGUUUAUUGCUUGUGAAUUACACAUAUUUAAUCUAAAACGAAACUAUUUGGCAGUG